AUGCCACGCCCGCGCCGGCCGCCGGGUGCUGGCCUCGCGCUCACGACGCUCCUCGCGCUGGUCAUCCUUGGACCGUCCAUCCUCGCCGUCGCUCAGCAGCAGCAGCAGCAGCCAGACCACAGUGUGCUUGCACACACCAUCCCCUCCAACCACGGCAAAUCCACCCACUCCCACUCCCACUCGUACUCACAGGAGCGUGCGGGACAUGUCGCCAGACGUCGACCGAACCCCCCCGUCUUCGCCCAGGAUGAGAGCGCCCUUGCAACAAGAGUCUCCUCUGCUCCAGCCGUCACCGCUGUCAGAGCCCCCUCCGCCAGCAACGCAGCCACAGGUGCCCUCGCACCGAGUGCGCGUUCUUUGCAGGACUGGGAAGUUGAGGACUUUGUGCUCUUGGCGACCGUCGACGGCCGCAUUCACGCACGAGACCGCUACACAGGAGAGGAGAUAUGGGAGUUGACCGGUCAGCCCAUGCUCGAGACCAUCUACAACGUCUCCGAGGGCACCGGCAAGCUACAAGACCAGCCUUUCGUCUGGAUUGUCGAACCCAAGGAAGAUGGCGCCCUCUACUUCCUCACUCCUGGCCCCUACCCAGCCCUCCACAGGCUCGGCAUGACCGUCAAGCAACUCGCCAACAUAGCCCCCUACUCCAGCGAAGACCCUGCGCUCCCAGUCGUCUACAACGUUGAAAAGUCCACCUUCAUGCUUGUCGUCGAGGCAGCAUCGGGCAAGAUCAAGAAGAGCUUCAGCCCUAGUGGAACCUACUCUGUUGACGACGAGAGCUGUGCACCCAAAGGCAGAGACUACUUCCACGCCCACGAGCGAGAGUGCUCAGGCUCCAUCAACCUUGGACAGACGCAAUACACCAUUAGCAUCCACAACAAGCAGACGAACGAGCACAUCUGCACCAUCAAGUACGCAGAAUGGGCUCCGAACAACCGCGACCGCGACCUGCAGAUGCAGUACUCAGCUACCAUGGACAACCAGUAUAUCUACAGCAUGUUCAACGGAGAAGUGAUUGCCCUCGACCACAACCGACUCGGAAAGUCUCGCCAGCGGCCUCUUUUCAGGCAGGAGCUACCUUAUCCGGUAGCACGAGUGUUUGACGUCGCCCGGCCUACCAACGAUGACUCCCCUGAGCCUGCCCUGAUCCUACUUCCUCAGCCAGCUGGGAAGGCGGGUUCAGAAGAGAAAGCCAAACACGUAUGGUUGAACACUACCGAGACGGGCGCCUGGUAUGCGCUUUCGGAGCAGAACUAUCCUGUAGUGACGGAUGGCGCUCCGACAGCAUCUUGUUACAUGCAAAACGACCUGCGCGACUGGGAUGGCUCUCACACCCUUCCCGACCAGAAGAGCUUGGUAGGCGUGCAUGUGCUCGACCACAAGCUUGAGACCCCAUCCAGGUACCUAGCAAUUGCAGCCCCUACAGCCUAUCACCCAGAUGAGGGUCAGCCAAUCUCUCGACCACCAGAGACUUCGCCUAUGGAGAGGCCAAUGAUUGACCCGCCGCCUCGUGCCGAGACAAUGAUUGAGACACGCGCAGCCGCCGUCUAUACCGUCCUGCUGUGCUUCCUGGUCAUGGCCGGAACCGUUUCAGUGAUGAAGUAUCCUCCGCAGCUCGACUUACUGAAGAGCCUCUUCUUCAAGCCAGCUGAGACUCGCAAGAUGAGCGAGGCACCCAUCUCUAUCGCUGCCUCUAUGGCCUCAGAGCCAGAUGCCGAAGUUGAAAGCCAGGCAGAAUUUAAACCGAAAGUGCACUCAGAAGUACGGCCUGAGCCCGAGUCUGAGCCUGCGUCUGAGCCUGUGUCUGGGCCUGAUGUCAAAGAGAUCACCACGCCAGCUACCGAAGAGUCUGUUGCCGGAGCUGCAACCGUAUCAGAACCGGCAGAAGAUGCUGCAGUAGAGCGACCCAUCAAUCAUGAGGUGAAGGAGAAGAAGGUGGUGACCUUCAAUAUUCCUGAAGACGAGGCAGACCUUGAAACUCUCUCUCGAACUACUACAACAGAACAGGCGUCUCCGACAGAGGGUGAUUCCGACGACGCCAUGGCAGACUCAAACGGAGAGACCACGGCCACCACUACCAACGCCGAAUCAUCCACCCAGGAUCCCAACACUGCGUUGACCACCCCAACAAAGAAGAAGAAGACACACAGGGGAAAGCGAGGCGGUCGCAAGCUUAAUAAGAAUCAGCAAAAAGAGGAAGAUGAUGUUGAUCGUAUCGUCGACGCCGCAAAACAGCUCGAUCCGACACCUACCCUACAUCCUGAUGAGGUCACCAUGAAUGGCGACGACAUGCAGGAUGUCUCCAAUAUAAAGAGAAUCGGUAAACUCACUAUUGAUCAAGAUCGUCUCUUGGGUAACGGCAGCGGUGGCACCUUUGUGUUCGAGGGAAAAUGGAAUGAACGCGACGUUGCGAUUAAGCGAAUGCUACCCCAAUACUUUGGGCUGGCUGAGCAAGAAGUCAAACUGCUUCAAGAGAGCGAUUUACACCCUAACGUCAUCCGUUACUUUGACGAUGAGAAGGACGAGAAUUUCCUAUACAUCGCCGUCGAAAUGUGUCAAGCUAGUCUCUUCGACCUGUUCCGAGAUGGCAGACCUGGCGAGGAUCUCACUGAUUCCCAACGACGCUUGGUGAACGAGAUCAACAGAGACGUGCAACGCGCCCUGUAUCAGCUCGCCAACGGCCUCAACCACCUUCACAGUCUGAGAAUCAUUCAUCGUGAUAUCAAGCCUCAGAACAUUCUGAUUGCUUACCCGCAACGAACGCAGAAUAAAGGUCCACGUCUGGUGAUCUCUGACUUCGGACUGUGUAAGACAUUGCCGGAUAACGUUAGUACCCUCAUCGGUACUACCGGCAAUGCGGGCACAGUGGGUUGGAAAGCCCCUGAGCUGAUUUCGCAGCCCAGAGAUGUAGACCGCGGCAGCUCGACUGGCUAUUCUCGCGAUUCUUCUACCUCCACAGAUCCUGUCGCGCAAGGUGUCAAGCGGGCUGUGGACAUCUUCUCCCUUGGGUGUGUGUUCUACUACGUACUCACCAAUGGUUCGCAUCCUUUCGAUGACGAGGAAGGGUGGAUGCAAAUGCGUGAAUACAACAUUAAAAAGGAGAAGGCAAAUCUCGAGGGGCUUCGCCUUGGUGACGACUCGGAAGAGCCGUACUGGCUCAUCCAGUGGAUGUUGAAGACGCGCCCUGAGGAUCGUCCUACCGCUCUUCAAGUCAUGAACCAUCCAUUUUUCUGGUCAGCAGAGAAGCGCCUGAAUUUCCUCUGCGACUGUUCCGACCACUGGGAGCGUGAGCCACGCGACCCACCUUCUCAGCACUUGUCCAUUCUUGAAGACUGGAGUGACGAGAUCUUGGAUAAGAAGCGUAACUUCCUCGGCAAGCUGGACCCUGCCUUCAUCAACUCACUGGGCAAGCAGCGCAAGUACACAGGAGAUCGGAUCCUGGAUCUACUCCGUGCUCUCAGGAACAAGAAAAACCACUACGAAGAUAUGGACGAGAACGUGAAAGCCAAAGUCGGUCCUUUGCCUCAUGGAUAUCUGAGGUACUGGACUACAAAGUUUCCGACGCUGCUCAUGUCCUGUUAUGAGGCUGUACAGCAAUGUGGGCUUGAAAAUGAGCCUAGGUUCAGGCCAUACUUUGAGGGGCAGACGAUGUAG